UCUCUUUCUUUCUCUCCAAAUAAUAUGAUUAAUAAAUAAUACAUUUCUCUCUUUUAUUUACAAAAGGAUUGACUCUCUCUCUCCCUCUCUAUCUGAUAAGCAUUGCUAGUUUCUUUGGGAGUCUAUGAGUAUACCCAUACUAAAAAAGUAGUGAUUUGAAGCAUUUAAGUGUCACCGACGAGCAUAUUGAGUAAGUAACUAGGGCAUGAGCUUCUUCAAGAUACUAUUAUAUUUGGACUUACCCAUCACAGCUCCAUCUCUUUUGAUCGCAGCACAAUAGGCAUGUCUUGCAAAUUUUUGAGAGUUUAAUCUGGUCAAUUUCGUUGGGUUUUAAGGAGCUGUCACUUUGUUAUCUGUAGGAGAGCUGAAAGAUGGACAGGAACAAAUUAGAUUUAAGACUGCAUCACUCUGGAUCAACACAAUCUGAGGAGUCAGCUUUAGAUUUGGAAAGAAAUUGUUGCAAUCAUCCUAAUCCACACUGGUCUAGUCCAACUUCACUUCAACCCUUUGCAUCAAGUGGGCAACACUAUGAAAGUAAUGCUGCUUACUUCUCUUGGCCUACUUUGAGUCGACUAAAUGAUACAGCAGAAGAUAGAGCGAACUAUUUUGGAAACCUUCAGAAGGGGGUGCUUCCGGAAACUCUUGGGAGGUUGCCAUCAGGGCAGCAAGCCACCACAUUACUUGAAUUAAUGACUAUAAGGGCAUUUCAUAGCAAAAUCUUGCGGCGAUUUAGUCUUGGAACUGCAAUUGGAUUCAGGAUACGACGAGGUGUCUUGACAGAUAUUCCAGCUAUUCUUGUCUUUGUGGCACGGAAAGUUCAUAGGCAAUGGCUAAGCCAUGUUCAGUGCUUACCUGCUGCACUCGAGGGACCAGGAGGCGUAUGGUGUGAUGUAGAUGUUGUUGAAUUCUCGUAUUAUGGAGCACCUGCAUCGACUCCUAAGGAACAAUUAUACACGGAGCUCGUAGAUGGGUUAAGGGGAAGUUAUCCAUGCAUUGGCUCUGGCUCCCAGGUUGCUAACCAAGAAACAUAUGGAACCCUGGGUGCAAUUGUGAAAAGCCGAACAGGAAACCGACAGGUUGGCUUCCUUACAAAUCGGCAUGUCGCUGUUGAUUUGGACUAUCCAAAUCAGAAAAUGUUUCAUCCUUUGCCACCUAGCCUUGGGCCUGGAGUGUAUUUGGGUGCUGUGGAGAGAGCAACCUCAUUUAUUACAGAUGAGCUUUGGUACGGCAUCUUUGCUGGAACAAACCCAGAAACAUUUGUGAGAGCAGAUGGGGCCUUUAUUCCUUUUGCAGAAGAUUUCAACAUGAAUAAUGUAACAACUUCUGUGAAAGGUGUAGGUGAGAUUGGUGAUGUCCAUAGUAUAGACUUGCAAUCUCCGAUUAAUAGUCUUAUUGGAAGACAGGUUGUCAAAGUUGGAAGAAGCUCCGGCUUGACUACUGGAACCAUAAUGGCCUAUGCUUUAGAAUAUAAUGAUGAGAAAGGAAUCUGUUUCUUUACUGAUUUUCUUGUUGUUGGUGAGAACCAGCAGCCAUUUGAUCUUGAAGGCGAUAGUGGAAGCCUCAUUCUCUUGACAGGUCAGAAUGGUGAUAAGCCUCGUCCAGUUGGGAUCAUUUGGGGUGGGACAGCUAAUCGAGGUCGGUUGAAGCUAAAAGUCGGCCAACCUCCAGAAAACUGGACUAGCGGAGUUGAUCUGGGACGCCUACUUGACCUCCUUGAACUUGACCUCGUCACAUCCAAUGAAGGGCUUCAAGAUGCAGUGCAAGAUCAAAAAAAUGUAUCAGCAGCAGGACUAGAUUCUACUGUUGGGGAGUCAUCUCCUCCUGACAGAGUGCUGUCAAAAGAUCGCAUUGAAGACAACAUUGAGCCUCUAAAUUUAAAUAUUCAGCAAGUUCUACUUGAAGAAGAGUCCCAGCAUGGACUGACUGCACCUUUCACUCGCACUGAGUUUCAUAUAGAAGAUGGAGUAGAAACAGCUCCCAAUGUGGAACACCAGUUUAUUCCUAGUUUCACAGGGGGACCUAUGGUCCAUGAUAAAAACAAACAGGAAAAUGCAGAACUGGAAAACCUCUCUGCGCUGAGGCAUGGCUCUGAUGAGGAAAUACACGUGUCAUUACGGUUGGGUGAGCCUGAACCCAAGAGACGGAGACAAUCAGAUUAAUAUUUUAGCAUUGAAGAAUCCAUUUUACGCAGACAAGGGAUUUCCAAUGUGGCUUGGAGAAACACCCUUCAAAGAUGAGCUCACAAGGUUGUUUCCUUGUUCCUGCUUGGUCUUCAAAUUGUAAGCUGUAAGUAUCAUGAAAAUACUGAAAUAUAAAAAAGAAAUUUAAGGUGUUUUAGACGUACCAUUCUUUUUUUUUUUUUCCUUUUUCUUUUUAGUAUCAAUUUUCAUGUUUUGGUCAAGGUUACAACUCUAGCUUACAUAUGUGGCUGGUCAUACAUCUAGUAGAGGAAAGAAAAAUGUUUAGGCAGGACCCUUUAUUUAAAUAUGUCUUCCAUUUACAUUGUUGUACCAUAAGCACUCCUGAAAUGGGAGUAUGAACAGCUAGUCAAACAUAAAUGUUAUUUCUGUGAGAAAUCAUGGCUCCGUGUGGAGCUCCACAA